CCACCCCCUGACAAGUAUUUAUAUGUGGUCCGUGUUUACAACAAAGUUAGCCUGUUGAAAGUCUUUGUUUUAGUGAAAACUGGACGUCAAAAUGUUUUGGUUGUGUAGCAGCUUAACGUUUUGUCAAAGUCUCUAGCUUUCAGAAAUAUUUGGGCGAGAACAUUUUGCAAGACAGUGUUGAACUUUUUUAGGUCACAGAUUUGUUUUUGUCAGCUGUUUUCUUCCCCUUCACUUGUUAUAGAAGACGAAGCCACAUCUGGAAAUUUCUGCGAAAGAUCAUCUUAAACUUUGAGAGAGUUCCAAUCAAAGGUGGCAGCCAUGGUGUUGAUUCUUGGCAGGAGAAUGACCAGGGAGCACACUGGAAACGGAGACUCACCAGCUGUCAAACGCAAGGUGUUUGACUCCAAAACGUUAGGUAGUCCGGAUGUUCUGGACUUCAGCUCUGGCUCGUCGCAUUUAGAGGGCAUCUUGCAGGUGUUGAAUGAGUUUCGUGACAGCCGGCUUUUCACCGAUGUCGUCAUCUGUGUACAAGGCCGCGAGUUCCCCUGUCACCGGGCUGUUCUCUCAGCCUGCUCCUCUUACUUCAGAGCCAUGUUCUGCAACGACCACCGCGAGAGCCGUGAAAUGCUGGUUGAGAUCAACGGCAUUCUGGCUGAGGCCAUGGAGUCCUUCCUCAACUACGUUUACACUGGCCGCGCCAAGAUCACCACAGAGAAUGUCCAGUUCCUUUUCGAGACUUCAAGCCUUUUCCAAAUCACCACACUGCGCGACGCUUGUGCAAAGUUCCUCGAAGACCAGCUGGACCCCUGCAAUUGCCUGGGCAUCCAGCGCUUUGCAGAUGCCCACUCUCUGAAGCAGCUGGCCAGCCGCUGCCGCAGCUACGGCCUGGCCAACUUCACAGAGGUCUCUCAGCACGAGGAGUUCCUUGACCUGCGUAAAGAGGAGCUGGAAGAGUACAUUAGCAGCGACGAGCUGUCUGUUGGUAAGGAGGAGGUGGUGUUUGAGGCCGUCAUGCGCUGGAUCUACCACCUUGUGGACAGCAGGAGGCCCAUGCUGAAGGCUUUGCUGCUCCAUGUCCGCCUACCCCUGCUCCACCCCAACUACUUCGUGCAGACGGUGGAAGGAGACCAACUCAUCCAGAAUGCCCCAGAAUGCUACCAUCUUCUCCACGAGGCCAGGCGCUACCACGUGCUGGGAAAUGAAAUGAUGUCACCGAGAACUUGUCCACGCAGGUCAACUGGCUACUCUGAGGUCAUUGUGGUGGUGGGUGGAUGUGAGCGGGUAGGGGGCUUCAACCUGCCCUACACUGAAUGCUACGAUCCAGUCACAGGAGAAUGGAAAUCACUGGCAAAACUCCCAGAGUUCACCAAGUCAGAGUAUGCCGUCUGUGCCCUGCGCAAUGACAUCCUGGUGUCAGGUGGUCGUAUCAACAGCAGGGAUGUGUGGAUGUACAACUCCCAGCUCAACCUGUGGAUCAGAGUGGCUUCACUUAACAAAGGUCGCUGGAGACACAAGAUGGGUGUCCUUCUGGGCAAGGUUUAUGCUGUUGGUGGCUAUGAUGGCCAGAGCCGCCUGAGUAGUGUGGAGUGCUACGACUCCUUCUCAAACCGCUGGACGGAAGUGGCUCCAAUGAAAGAGGCAGUCAGCUCUCCAGCUGUGGCCAGCUGUGCCGGCAAGCUUUUCGUGAUAGGAGGAGGACCGGACGAUGAAACCUGUUCAGACAAGGUUCAGUGCUAUGAUCCUGAGACAAACAUGUGGUUACUACGGGCCAACAUCCCCAUUGCCAAGCGUUGUAUCACAGCAGUGUCCCUCAACAACCUGAUCUAUGUGUGCGGCGGUCUCACCAAGUCCGUUUACUGCUACGACCCUGCAGAGGACUACUGGAUGCACGUUGUUCAGACCUUCAGCAAACAGGAGAGCUGUGGCAUGUCAGUGUGUAACGGGAAGAUCUUCAUCCUUGGUGGCCGGGAGGAAAACGGGGACGCCACAGACACCAUCUUGUGUUACAACCCGGGAACAGGCAUAAUCACAGGAGUGGCGGCCAUGCCGCGACCCAUCUCUUACCAUGGCUGCGUAACCAUUCACCGCUACAACGACAAGUACUUUAAGCCAUGACUGUAAACACACGAAUGGACACAGACUUUCAUAUGUGAGGACACACUAAGGAACCUAAACUCUGUACACUAGCACACACACAUUUCUUUUUUAUGUGACACAAUACUACUUUAGUCAAAGGAACCAGGGAGCUUAAAUAUCUCCUUACUGCAUCAUGUAGUCAUGUAGCAGCAUUCUGUGUUGCUGUCAAUACUUUUUUUUUGUUUUUUACUGUAAAUACCCAUCUAUGUAAAUGCUCUUUAGAUAAUAAUGCUCAUCAUGUUUGAGUUUGGUGUAGCGCAAUGAUGGGAAAAAAUGCAAAUAUGACUGCACUACUUGAGGAAAAACACGCUAACCUGUUGAUUAACAUAAUUUAAUGCAUACUUUGACUGUAAGUACUUUACAGUUUAGCCUAAUGGUAACCUGUUGGUGACGUUGACUGACCUUACUACCUUUGUAAUGGCCAAAGUGAAAAGUCAAACUACAGAAAUGUGUUUCUUUGCACAGUGGUGAUUUAUUGGGCUAAUUAUGUAAUCACUUUAAUGAUUGAGAUAUGGCUUCUGAUAAAAAUAAAUUAAUGACAGGUUACCAACUUCCCAACACUGUGCAAAGCUAACUUGCUCUGACCUCAUUGAGGAGAGAGAUGAAGCGAUUAUGGACUGCGGUGAUUAGCAUCAACCUAAAAAAUACCAUUGAAAGCAAAGAUUGCUCUGGCACCUGGAUAUUCAUACAGACCUGUUUUGUCAGACAGAUGAGCAGCCAGGUCAGGUUUCUAUCCCUCUGCAAAUAUGUCCAUACUUUAGGACACUUUAGUGCCCCCCUCAUUCGCAUCAUUUUCAUCUCUCAUUGAUUCUUACAAUGACCUGAUGAAAAUGUGGUGAGCAGUCAGCCAGCUGCUCUUCCACAUUAUCAGUUCUCAUAUUUAUAUCUCACCCGUCAAACUAAUGGAAAUUUAAGAGAAGAGUUGAAUAGCUAAGGCUGUAGAACAUUAUUGGAAUAUAGUCACCGUUAUCUCAUCUCCGUUGUUGGCACUUUUCCUCAAAGGUUCCGCUUCCCUGAAUCAUCACCUCACUUUAAAAAAAGAUCUAAUAUACCUUUUUCUUCAUUAUUAUUAUAUUGAAAAUAUUUUUUUGCAAGUUUCUUCAUAAAAAUUGGUUUUAAGUUAUAUUUUUCUGUUUUGUCAGUAUAUUUCUGUAGUUGGAUGUUGUUGUAUUCUACAAAGCUUCAGUCGGUUUGAUGUCUGUUUAUUGGUGUACCGUUGGGCUUGUGGAGGGUUUUUUUUUUAAUGUGAGAAGCCUUUGUAGAUCAAACUCAAAGACUGCUCUGAAUAAGUGGUGUGUGUGUUUGUAUGUGACUGUUAUGACAUGGUCUGAAUGCCUUGGAGCCAAGCAGGUUUAGCAAAGAGCUGUAGUUAAAGAUCCCCUGUUCGUCGAACCCUUUUCUGAUGCUGGCACCUUCCACCUGAACAUGGACAUGUAACAUUGUAACUCGGGGUAAACACGUAUACCUCCAGGUGCGUAUGUCUGUAUGUGUGUUACUGGUGUUUACAGCAAAGGUGCACACCACUGCCAUACCUCACACAGUGCAGUUAAAGGUUCUUAAUGACAGCAGUAUGAGAUGCUGUGGCUCACGGUCAGUAAGAUCACUUUUUAAAAAUGUUUUUUACAGUAGUUGGUUUUGAUAGAUUAGUAAAAUAGCUGUGAAUAUAACUAAUAUGUUUUCUUUUUGUAUGUAAAUGCAUCUUUUUAAGCUUGCAUAAUAUUUGUGUAACUUAGAGCCCAUAUUAUGCACUUUGACAGAGUCCUGUUAAAUGUAGAAUCAUGAUUACAAUUUCCUUGUUUCGUUAUAACAGUAAAUGCUCUUAGCUACCGGAGACAGAAGAAAAGGCCUGUCAGCUCCUCCUGUUGGCCGCUAGCCUGCCAACCUGUCUCAUCCUAGAAAAACAGGACCAGGAGAGAACGCUGAUUGUGUUUCCUUUUUCACAGAAAAGGUGGAGGUAUUUUGGCAUACGGCAUCUGCCCGGUGCUUUUUAGACCGAUUAGUUGACUAGUCUGGUCUGGCAUCACAUGCUUCUUUCAGAAAAACAUCAGGAGGAUGAAGUAAGAGCAAGAAAGUUGUAACACAAAAGGAGUAAAAAGUUAGUGAGAAACGGGGACUCAGAGUGUGUGCGUGUCUGUGAUUUUACUGAUUUGCUCUCUAGGGGACAUAAAAACUGUCCUCUUAUGCUGAUUAUCGUUUUUUUUCCCAUUAUUGGCAAUGUAUUGACUUUCAUUUAUUGUGUUCUUUUGAUAAGACUGUCCACAGUUUCUCCACAUUUGCUUUAUUUUUCUUUUCUUCUGGCAGUUGUGUUCAGUUGUGGGAUUGUGUGUUGCUGAGAUAUUUUAAUCAAAACAUGUAAAUGGAAUGUAACAAAUAUAAUGUGGAAAAGCAGAGAACUAAAGGUUAAAACAGUUACAUGAAUGUAGAUAUCAUUCAAAGUGGAUAUGAUUAUGUCCCAAAGGUCAUUUUAAUCCCAUAAUGUCAUAUUCAUCAUAUUUGAUACAUACAGUUUCUGAAAUGUUUAGCAUCUGAGACAUUUUGUAUCAUUUAAUGGUAAAAACAUUGCUCAAAACCCUGUUGUCCACAAUCAGAUAUACUUUAUAACAGUGGGCAGAAGUCUACAAGGCUAUAAUUUGGACUUAUUACACAGUAAUAAAUGAUGAAUAUUCAAAAAUGAUUUAUUUUUUCAUAUUUUGUUAAUGGGCCAAGUAGAGACUUCAAACAACAACAAAAAAUAUUUAUUUUUUUGUAGAUCAGGCUCUAUAGGGUUAAAAAAAACAAGGUUAUAUUCUUUAACCUGUUAACUGCCGUUUUGUUUUCCUUAAAAAAGAGAAAAUAAGAAGAAAUUUGCAAAUAAAGGAGGCCCUUUUCAUAUAAAUCUAUAUCAUGUGUAUGGUGUAUUUGUGUAACAUCUCUUUCCCCUUCAAUGCUCUUUGUUAAUCUAUGCAAAAAUCUUUGGAUUUAUGGAAAACUGCAGUAUGUUGAAAUGUAAUGGAUGACUUUUGUAUGAGGAAAAUCAAUAAAGUUUUUCUUUCUGUA